AACAAAUGCCAGGCUUAGACCCCUCCCCGCCAUUUCCUGACAGAUACGAGGCUGCAUUUAGCCUCUCGACUGCCUCAAGUUGUCUCAGGUUCCUGUAUCUGGUUAUUCCUGUAAGACGCUGCAGCCAUUCAGACUCUUUAAAGUUGCAGAAAUCAGUGUCUUCUGCAGAAGGGAUCUUUUGAGUGAGUCUCGCUACAGGAUGUCAGCAGGUCUUUGUCCAGAGAAGUUGGCGGCUUUCACCGAAAGCUUCAAGCAAGUGCCACAAUACAGCCUUGCUCAGAAUAUAGCAACCAGUGGUGACCUUUUACAAGCUUACCUUCAAAGAAAAGUUGUUCAGGAAACAUCGCAAGUGUUCGAACAUGUAAUUCCUGCUGAAGGAAAGCCAGUUACAAACCAGAAAAAUACAGGGCGGUGUUGGAUUUUCUCUUGCCUCAAUGUGAUGCGGCUUCCAUUGAUGAAGAAAUUUAACGUUGAAGAGUUUGAGUUCAGUCAAUCCUACUUGUUCUUCUGGGAUAAGAUUGAGCGUUGCUUUUACUUCUUGAAUGCAUUCAUUGAGGUUGCUCAGAGGACUGGUGAAGAGGAAGAACCUUUCGAUGGUAGACUUUUGCAAUUUUUGCUUACGAAUCCUGCAAAUGAUGGAGGCCAGUGGGGUAUGCUUGUUAACCUCAUCGAAAAACAUGGAGUUAUGCCUAAGAAGUGUUUUCCUGAAUCCUAUAGUUCAGAAGCCAGCAAGGCCAUGAAUUCUGUUCUGAAUCACAAGAUACGGGAGUACUGUUACCGUCUACAAAAAAUGGUGAAAAAUGGAUCAUCUAAUGAGGAGCUCUCGGUUGAAAAGGACAAUAUGAUUGAAGAGGUCUUCAGAAUAGUUAAUAUUUGCCUGGGCACACCUCCUGAAACUUUUACCUGGGAAUUCCGAGACAAAGACAAGAACUACCAGAAGAUUGGACCACUAACACCUCUUCAGUUUUAUACCGAACACGUGAAGCCAUUUUUCAACAUGGAAGACAAGGUGUGCUUGGUUAAUGAUCCCAGAUCCUUCAAUCCCUAUGGAAAGCUGUACACAGUUGAAUUUCUGAACAACAUGGUUAAUGCAGGGGAAACUUUAUACAUCAAUCAGCCAAUUGAGGUGCUAAAGCAGUCGGCUGCAGCUUCCAUCAAAGAUGGCGAGGCAGUCUGGUUUGGAUCUGAUGUGGAGAAGGACUUUUGCAGCAAGCUAGGGAUCAAUGAUCCUAAAAUACUUAACCGAGAGCUGCUGUUUGGAGUCUCUCUGGGUAACUUUGGCAAAGCAGAACGACUGAUGUUUGGUGAAUCGCAGAUGACUCAUGCUAUGGUUUUAACUGGCUUCUCCGAAAAGUUUGGCACACAGGUUGGAAACGAAGCCGGAUUUGAAAAGUGGAGAGUGGAAAAUUCAUGGGGAGAGGACAGUGGGAACAAAGGUUACCUGGUUUUAUUGGACGAUUGGUUCACUGAACACGUCUUCGAAGUGGUUGUGGACAAAAAGUACAUAUCAGCAGAGAUUUUGAAAAUAAUGGAGCAGGAACCCAAAGUUCUACCAGCUUGGGAUCCAAUGGGCUGUCUAGCAUGAACAACAAAGGUUUUAUGUUCUUCAAGCAAAAUUAAAGUUGUGAAUAAAAAUAUAUUCAUUCCUACA